CUGGCAGCCUCCGGCGCUCGGCGGCGAAGGAGCGGCUCGGGCGGCGAAGGAUGGCCGCUAGGCACGCAAGCCGACGCCCAAACAGCGGCGACUCCCGGCCCGGGUCGGACUUUUGGGACCGCAUCGAGCGCGGCCACAACACCACCAAGAUGGGGGGCUCCACCUCGUCGCGAGACGUCGCCGCGCAGAUUGCGGCGCAGGCGCGCGCGGCGGUGGACCCUCCGACGCUGCAGUGCAUCGGUCCGCAGUCGAUCAACCAGGGCCUCAAGGCGGUCUGCAUUGCCCGCACGUACCUCCAGCAGUCGGACGAGUCUGGCGAGUCCUCCCACCCGGACCUCGUCAUCUACCCCGAGUUCAUCAAGAUCUCAGACGGCGGGGAGGAGGAGCUGUCCGGAGUCAACCUGCGCCUCUCCAAGCGGGCGCGCCGCACCACCACCGACGUCAAGGACGGACGCACCCUCAAGGUCGGGAACUCGACCGACGCAAAGUCGCUUGCCGGCGCAAUCGCAAACUGCACCCGCGAAGGGUCGCGCGUCGACCUCACUGCCAUCGGCGCGGGGAGCGUCAACCAAGCCAUCAAGGCGAUCGCGAUCGCGCGCCAGUACGUGGAGGAGGAGGCGAUCGACCUCUGCUGCCGCCCCGAGUUUAUGGAGGUCGAAGUCGAGAGCGGCGAGGGCACCUCAACCACAUCCGCCCUCCGCCUCCUCCUCCUCGUCGAGCAGACGUGAACUGGGCGAGGGGGGGGGCCACCGGCCGCACCAACGCCGCAGGCCGCGCGGUGGCACCUCGUGGCGGCGGCAGCGCGGCGCGAACCCCCCCCCCCCCUCUCUUC